AUGAAUGAUGAAAAAUAUUUAAAAAAGAACAAUAAACAACGACGAGUUCGUUUCGAUCUGCAAACAAUAUCUUGUCAACCAAUAAAAACAAAAUGGACAAUUGAAGAAUUUAAUGAUAUAUUUAAACGAUUUCGAUGUUCGGUUACUGCUAAUUAUUGGCAAAGUCUAAAAGAACGUGUCUAUGAAAAACAUAAUCAUCAAAUUAAGCUUGGAAAUUUAACUUGGAAAAAAUAA